AUGAAAGAAGUUUCAACCCCGCCGCUGGUUUCCAAGGCCGUGUCAGUGAACUUGGGUUCGUUAAAGCCCGUGGUGGGAACGUUGUUGAAGAAUGCAACGACGCAGUUGUCGCAGAUUGCCGAACUGAACAAUUUAAUUGAGGAGCAUGCCAACGUGCCGCUGUCUUCGCUGUCGGUAUCCGACACGACCCCUUACCUGGGGGGACAGGCUUCAGACGAGGCUAUGAUGCACGCUGCACUGUCGGCUGCGAGCCCUCACUUCAGGCCCACGUCUCCAAUGAAACUGUUUCAUCAACCGGAGCAAGUCAAGCUGCAGUCACCAUUGACUGAGCCAACGUUGACCAGGGACAGCGCAAGCACUGCUCUGGACCUCUCGGACCCCACAGCACUCCCGCCAGAAGACGUUAGCUUCAAUCGGCGGUUUCCACCAAGCAGGCUUCCACCGAACUCGUUCCCACCAAGCAGGCUUCCUUCUCCGUACAAGACAUCCCGAACAUCGCCGUCAGUGAGAGCAGACGAAAACACGAUGCCCGUAGAAAAGCGGGCCUUUCCGCUUACCCAACAAGUCAAGUUGCUCCAGCAAAAGAACGCUCGUCUGGCCCCGGAGCUUCGCGACCGGCGCAUGUGUCCAGACUGCGGCCGCCGCGGGAGCGGGAGUCGCAGCCAAAACGGUGUCACCUACUUUUACUGCCGGAACUCCGCGUGCCUUGGCAAAGGGUCCUCAAAAGAUCGGUUCAUUGGGUGGGCCUUCGAAGAAAACACCAGGAGGGUUCCCGCAGCGCUCAGAUAA